UUACUAAUCUAUUUACCUCUUUCUUGUCGACUUUCACUGGUAUGUAUGUACUUAGUGGGAGGCCUUACAGGUCAGUGUACCAAAUUAUUAAAUGUGUGUUCGCCCCCGCCAAUAAAUCGAGGCUGCCGAAAGCAAUGUACCCCCACUAGUUCCCAGAGUCUGAGACGCCUUGGACUCUUGGGCAGGUUGGGCGGUGUGUCGUAACGUCUUCAGGGCAACCCUUACCAAGUUGUGCAUCGCUUCAAGGCAACACUGGGGUGACUGGCAGUAGUCUCCGCCGAUCGUGUCCCUAACAAUAUGUGCAUUCUUGGCGACGCUGAAGGCUUACGCUCCCGAGCCGUGUCCGUAUACGCUAUUAAAGCAUACCAGCUCUCAAAUUUUAGCACUUGGUUUGUUGGCCUCACCAGCCCGUCGUCGCUAGAUCUGUCCUGCCGCUGUCCUGCAUCCACCCAUGCCGCUAUCCCUAGAAUUCAUGCAAGACCUCUGGGUGCGGAAAUCAUUCUCCGCAGCUGGCCACACUUUGCUAGUCUACGACUAUUUCCUGACUCUCGAGAAUGAAAUCUGGUACAUCUGGAACGCCCCCUGGACGGUCGUUAAAGUAUUGUUUCUUCUCAACCGAUAUGGAAACCUUAUUGGGCAGACUUUUAUCCGGCUGGAAGAGGCUGGUCUCCUCACACAUAAUUCUCAAGCGUUUUGCCAUCACUUCGCAGUUGCCACCACUUGCUUUAUGUUUCUAUCCGCAGAGACGAUUCAUAUACUUGUGCUGAUGCGUGCGUGGGCCAUCUGGGGAACUCGAAAGCGCGUGACAAAGAUCCUCAUCUGGAGCUACCUGUCGUAUGCCCUUAUCAUGAUGGGCAGUUCAGUGUAUAGUGUGAACGCUGGUCAUUUUUUAUUUCCGCAACUCGACGAGAUCCAGGUUUGCGUAGUGACAAUGCCAAAAUAUGUGUGGCUGGUUUAUUUCGGAAGCUUUGUUCUCGAUACAAUACUCUUUGUCUUGACAAUGCGAAGUCUCAGGAGAUACUCUAGGGAAUUUCAGAGUCUCUAUCCUUCUCAUCUCCUCCAUGUGCUCUUUAGAGACGGCGAGCAUGCUCUCUGGAGGGCUUCGUUUGCAACUGACCACAAUUGCAUAGCAAUCGUACUUUUUAUUGUUAGCAUCUUCAGCAGUGCACUGACCAUCGCCUCCUGGACUGCAUACUCGAACAAUCCCAAAUAUUUCCUUGCUAAAGGUUUUUCGAGUCCGUUACUCUCAGUAGCUGGUCAACGCCUAGUCCUGAACCUGAAAGGUCUCAAGACGCUUACCUACACGACCUACGAUCUCAGCCGUGAGGUGGAUCGGCAACUCGAAGCAUUUGCUGAAACAAACUCUUCGUCACCUCGAGGUCGGGCUGCCAUGGAUGCCAGUGACCCGGAAGGUGCACAUCAUAAGUGAGAUCAGGACAUCUGAGCCAAAUUUAAUCCCUGUUGUGCUGGGUUUUCAAGCUCGUUAUACAUAUGAUAACGAUCCGGAGCGAUU